GUCCAUUGACUGUGAGUUUGUGUUUGCAUUUCGUAAUCAAUUCAUACGUUCACUGAUUGUAUGGACUGUUAAUCCACUGACCAUUGAGUCCAUGGUUUAGUCGACUAUCAAAACACGUGUUAAACGGUAACCACAAUACUCGCCGUAAACUCAACUCUUGGGAUCAGCUAUGAGUGCGAAGACUAAUCUCAAGACACACGCGAACAGCGACGCGAAGACUUGUGUCGAUCCAAAUGUAGGAUCAAUUGGCGGCUCAAGAAGUGAGUCCACGAAACACUGCACUAAUAAUAAUAAUCACGUGAAACCCGUGAACGAGUCCAUCGUCAUCACCAGUGACACCACUAUCAGAGAUAAUAACAGAGAUAAUAAUCAUAAUUACGACCACAAAAGACAUCACCAGACAAACAGAUCCCAUGACUAUUAUGGCAACAAUUCUAAUCACUUCCGAUAUUAUGACCGAAACCGACCCACGGAUGGCGUGUCGUCGUCCAGGACUUGGAGUAAUCGCGCUAACGAUUACCACCGAAGAGGUGGCGAUCAUCGCGCGAAUGACAGACACUAUCGCGUCGAUAGGAUAUCGGAUGAUAAGCGGCGAUCAGAUCCUAAGACUGAACUUAAGACUGGAUCCACGAGCGACUCCAGAAGCGAGUCCAAGACUGCGCCCACGAGUGACUCCACAAGUGAUACCAGACAUGUGUCCAACACUGGGUCCAGAACGCACAGACCGGACAGGAGUGCCAAAUAUGAUCACCACUACACCACUCAUUACAACCACAACAGCCAACGCAGACAUCACGCCAACGAUCGACAGCACAAUGGUUUGGAUCAGACGUGUGAACCGAAACCAUCGACAACUAGUGCACCAAAUAGUGAUACGAACUUAAAGACCAACUCUUGUGAUGAGUCUUCGGCCGAAGACUCGGCAGUCGACGAGUAUUUGCAGCAAAAAUUGGAUGAAAUAACGGCUCUUAAGAGUAUAUUCGACGAGAAUAUCCUAACCAUCGAUGAGACGGAAAUGAAGGGCCGGUUUUUGGCCGACCCGGCGCUCAAUACCACCGAAUUCGUGGUCUGCUAUGAGAUAUCUAAUGGCAGAUCAGCUGAUGACAGACCUGUCGCGAAGACUGAAGAGUUUUCUGUGCAACACUUACCACCCAUUGAGCUCUACUUUGAAUUACCCAAAGGAUAUCCGCUGAAAGUGAACCCGAAGUUCUUGAUAUCGUGUAAAUGGAUUGAUAUCUUGAGAUUAGAAGUCAUUUGCCAUAAACUCGAGUGCCUGUGGAAAGAGUCCCAAAUGGAGAUACUGUUCACGUGGUUCUCAUUCCUCCAGAACGAUAUCAUCGAUUACCUGAAGAUUGGCCACCGAUUGGACAUCACAUCCAUUACGAACGCGCGGCCAAAGUAUGUCACAAGAACUGAAUUCGACUCCAAGUCCUCCAAAAGUGAUGCCAAAAGCGAUGCCAACAGUUUGACCACACUUUCCGUGUCCGGCAUUCAAGGGGCCGGUAGUCGGCACCACCACACCAGCAGCGCCUCGCGAGUGAUUGAGUUCAAGCCGAGCGCCGACAGGGGCGCCGGUAUGUACGACGGGAGGGCCGCCUCGGACGCGAUGGGCAAACAGUUGAUCCCAUUCCUCAUCGACUAUAAUGAGCACAAACGGCACGAGACGUUCAACAACUCGUACAACACGUGCAACAUAUGCUUCAGCACUCACUUAGGCCGGGAGUGUGUGGUGUUCCCGUGUCGGCACAUCAACUGUCGGACGUGUAUCGGCAACUACUUCACGACACUGAUAAAGGACGGCACGGUCGGCCAACUGAAGUGCCCGGACGUGGACUGUCAGACGGCGGCGCCGCCUAAUAUGGUCCGGGAGCUGGUGUCCGACGACCUGUUCACGAAGUACGACAAACUAAUGCUGGAGACACUGAUCGGGAGUAUGUCGGACGUGCACUACUGUCCCCGUAAGACGUGCGGGCAGUUUGUUAUUGGGGACACCGACUCGUCGCUGGCCCACUGCCAGGCCUGCGGGUACGCCUUCUGCAAGAACUGCAAGUAUACGUACCACGGGUUUGAUCCGUGCAAUAUGUUCCGGGACGCUCAGCAGCGCAAGGUUAUACUCGACAAGUACGCCAACGCCACC